ACGAGUUAUCGUCCUGAUCACCUUGUCGAUCCGUUGAGUCUCGACACUUUAGCUUGGAAGUCUUUGACUUCCGUACAUUCGUUCCCCAUACUCUCGCUUUGCUACGUUUGAUAUGCGUUCAUCAAUCCUAAUUGGCCUCGCCGCUGGCUUUGCUAGCCAGGCCUACGCUGCUUGCAGCUCUGCGCUGAAGAUCGACGACUUCUCCAAAUACUCCAGCAACACUAACAGCUUGGGCUCGUGGACUAGCGACGAUGCUUCCAUGACCUCCAUCUCGGCUGCCAACGGAGUCCUUUCCUUCAAGCCCAAGUCUGGCUCCUACUUUUACGAGACCUUCGACUGCCAGGCCGCUACCAGCAACAACUACAACUCCAUCCAGUUCACCAUCAAGGGCGUUUCUGGAGGCUCUGGUACCCUGGAGAUCCAGACCAAGUCGGCCUGCUCGGCCGAUUCGUACACCUCGUACUACACCUCGUUCACCGGCUUGACUGGUAACACCCAGACCGUCACCAUCCCUCUAAGCCAGUUCUCGGGCGCCAAUGGCAAUGCUAUCACAGGCUUUGUUUGGUCCGGAUUCUCUUCCACCACUGCCACUUGGCAGUUGAGCAAUAUCCAGUUCGGCUGCGGUGGCGCCACUGGUGCCGUUAGCUCCACCGUUCGUCCCAGCACUGCUUCUGCUGUUUCGGUCACUCGCACCACCCUCGCUACCUCCGCUGCUCCCACCGGAACCUGCGCUGCUACCCUGAUCGAUGACUGGACAUCGCAGUCCCGUUUGACCUUCCUGUUCUACAAUGCUCUCAACAAGGCCUCCUCCUCGGACGGCACCAUGACCUCCCUCACCGUUGGCAAGCCCUCCAAGAACCGUGUUGAGAUCGUCCCCACGGACACCAGCUCGUACUUCUACUCCCAGUUCGGCUGCUUCAACGCUAAGACCAAGGGUCACACCGGUAUCUCACUCCGCAUCAAGGCUCCUGCUGGAACUACCUUCUCCGUCGAGCUUGACUCUUCCAGCAGCUGCGACCCUACCGCCGCUCAGAGCUACACUCAGACCUCGACGCAGCUUGGUUGGACUUUCGAUGGCACCGAGAAGCUUUACACCAUCCCCUUCUCCAAGUUUUCCGGACUUGACACCGAGAAGCUCACCACCAUCCUCUUCUCUGCCUUCACCAAGACUGUCUCAUUCGGUCCUAUGGCUUUCUACUGCGGCGCUUCUGGCGAGUACAUCGUUACCACUACCGAGCCCAACUCCGCUCCUACUGCUACUGUCGCUGCUCCCUCUGGCACUGCUGCCGCGUACGUCAUUGACAAGUUCGCUAGCGCUGAUAGCAACGCUCAGGGUUUCUGGCACGGAGGUGACGAUGGCAUGACCCUGACCUACAGCGGAGGCCUUACCAUCAAGUCCACUGACGCUGACUACUCCUUUUACACCCAGGUUUCCGGAUCCUGCAGUGACUUUAGCAAGUACAAGGGCUCUUACCUCCACAUUGCCUACUCCGGUUCCACCAAGUUCACUGUCGCCUUCCAGCAGCACAACAGCGCCUGCAACUCCGAGAUUGCUCCUUACCCCUUCACCUGGGACUCCGUCGAGGCCUCCCGCUACGCUAAGGAUGGUCAUAUCUACAUCCCUAUCAGCCACUUCAAUAUCGACCUGACCAAGGCUAUCGGUUUCGCGCUCAAGGGGUUUUACUCCGAGGACACCGUCAAACUGACCGUCAUUGAGAUCGUUUCCUCCGUUCCUGCCGGUACGACCAUCCCCAACGAUGAGGAGUCUGGUGACCUUGUCUUCGCUUGCAAGCGCCCGAACUCCUUCGCCUUUGCCAUCGACGAUGGUACCCCAGAUCUCGCUCAGGAAGUCCUCAAGAUCAUCCGCGAGGAGAACAUCAAGGUCACCUUCUUCACCGUCGGCGCACCCCUCCUCGAUGAGACCACGAACCUGACCAACGUCUACAAGGAGAUGCAGGCCGCCGGCCACCAGCUCGCGCUCCACUCUUUCACUCACCCCAAGAUGGAGGGUCUCCCCGACUACUCCUCUAUCGACUGGGAGUACAACGAGGACAUCAAGGCCAUGAAGAGCCAGUUCAAUGGUUAUGACACCUCCUACUUCCGUCCUCCCUUCGGUAACGAGGGUGCCCGUAUGCGCUCGCGUCUCGCCAAGGCUGUUGGCCGUAAGCCCACCAUUACCAACUGGUCCGUUGAUGUUGAGGACUGGUUGUGGGCUGAGACCGACACACCUGAGCAGCAGUUGACCGCUUUCCAGCGUGAUGUCAACAAGGGUGGUGACUUGGUUGUGCUUCACUACCUUUACCCCUCUACUGUCAGCUACCUAAGGCAGUUCAUCCAGAUUGCUAAGGCGACUGGCAAGCAGCUUAUGCGUGUUGACCAGUGCAUGAUGGACCCUAACGCUCCUGCUUUGUAAAGUGGUUGAGUGUGUGGUAUUGUGGCGUUUGGGGUGGAGAAAAGGUGGUGGC